AUGGCCACUCGUGAAGGGAUCAAUCCUUUGCGGCCAUACUAUAUCCCUCAGUCGGGCUUAUCGCCCACCGCCACAAAUGUCACUACCGAGGUGACGUCGUCCUCAUCAGCCCAAGUGUUUGGGAGCUCGGCGCGCGACCUCAUCCGGGAUAUCGAUUAUGCCGAUUAUCUGGACUCUUCGCCGUCGCUGUCAGAUUGGGUCAAAGACGCCCUGAACAGAGCGCUCGUGCGGUAUAGCAAGGUCCUCACAGCGCAGCCUUUCGAUGUCGCCAAAACCAUCCUGCAGGUGUAUGUCGUGCCAGAUCCGAUAGAGGAACAGGAGGAACGGAAGGCAACUCCGGGAGCUGAAGGAAGCUCGUAUGACUCGGACUCGGAAUCAUCGGGCGAUGAGAGCAUUUACUUCACAUCGGCAGCGCCGGCCACACCCACGCCGACAACACCACGAACCCGAAGGGGUCGGCAUCAUCACAUCACCGACCGCAGUGGCUACAUUCGCCCGGAGACGGCACCAGCACCGUCCAAACAUGCGCUCGCUCUCCGCAAUCCCAACUCCUUGAUGGAUGUCCUCUCCCAACUUUGGUCGACCAGCGGACCAAGCUCCCCUUGGAAGGCAUCCAAUGCGACAUUUAUCUACUCGCUACUACUUCCAACUCUCAACACUUUUAUCCGCAGCCUUUUGUCUGCUAUCGUGGGCCUUCCAGAGGAGGACAUUGUCUCAUCCAUGGCAGCUGAUAUUUUGACGGCACCCUCCCCGAUGGCUACACUCAUCCUCUCCUUCAUUUCAUCAUCCCUCUCCGCGAUCAUCCUCUCGCCGAUCGAUACAGCGCGCACCUUCUUAAUGCUCACGCCUGCAACCCACGGCCCACGCUCCCUCAUCCGCGCCAUCCGCCAGCUCCCCACCCCCAACUGCACCAUCCCACAACAUCUCGUCCCAAUCACCAUUCUCCACUCCAGCUUGCCCAACUUUAUCACGACAUCAGCCCCACUCUUCCUCCGAUCCUACCUGUCAAUCGACCCCCUCCUCAACCCCUCCAUGUGGAAUCUCUUUAGCUUCCUCAGCUCCGGUCUUGAACUCGCCGUGCGCUUCCCCCUCGAGACCGUCCUUCGGCGCGCCCAAAUCGCUACCUACACUUCCCUCAGUCUGCGCCAGAAAUCCUAUGGCGGCAGUAUCUCCGCUGCAUCUAUCGAUGCUUCAGAUGUAGAAACUAUCGUUCCUACACCACGGACCUAUCGCGGUGUCGUGGGUACCAUGUGGCACAUUGUCCACGAGGAGGGUGUUAGCUCUGUCCCCUCCGACGCCGAACGUGCCCGUCUUGCCGUCGGCCGACCUACCACCAAGCAGCAAGUCUCGAAGCGCCAGCAAGGCCAGGGUAUUCAGGGUCUGUACCGCGGCUGGCGCAUUGGCAUGUGGGGUAUCGCUGGUAUUUGGGGAGCCAACAUCCUCGGCGGAUUUGCUGGUGCCGGCGAGGAAGAAGCGACCAUGCUCGGUGGACACGGCCGGUCCAGCGGCGGGCGCUUCUAA